UGCGAUCCUGUUGGCGAUCCUCAGCAGCAGCGGACGUGGCGGCGGUGGCGGCGGCGGAGGGGGCGGUGGUUUCCGGGGCGGCGGCGGUGGCUUCGGCGGCGGCGGGGCCUCGGGCGGAUG